CAUCUGCUAUUAUAUGGAGAAGGCAAACACCAAAGAGAAAAGCCCUCCUGAUCACCUUGACCUUCAAUGCCAGGACAUCUAGAAAAGCAAAUACUAACCAAAAGGGAAGGAAGGGAGGAAGAGUGAUGCACAUUGCAUGUCCAGAGAGCAUACACACAGUAAAUAUGCUGUAAACCGGUUCAAUGAAACGCUCCUGAACAGUUGGUGUUUCUUCAAUAUAAAAUCCAGGCUAAGGUAUAGAACUGUAUUGUAGUUACGGAUGGAGGCGUGCCCUACAUACAGCAUGUUAGCAGAAUUGCAGGGCAACCUCGAGGUCCAAGAAGAAGGGCCUGGGAAAGUUCUCAAAAUGGUUUCUCAGUCUGAGGAUGUGAUCCAAACCAGGCCCAACAGACUGGUGCCUCACUGCAGCCAGUCCUUGGAUUGUAACCUUAAUGGACAUGUUGGACCACUGCAGAAGAGAACAGCUAAGGCAUUGAUAACUGGAGGAGGAGGCUACUUCGGCUACCAACUGGGCUGUGCCCUUGCCAGUGAAGAAAUCAAUGUUGUUUUGUUCGACAGACAUAAACCUAGAUGGGAAAUUCCCAACCAGGCAGUAUUUUUCGAGGGGGACGUGAGAGAUUACGAUGCUGUGUUCAAAGCCUGUGAAGGGGUGGACUGCGUAUUUCAUGUUGCGUCCUAUGGCAUAUCAGGAUUUGAGCAACUACAAAGGAAAGAGCUUAUUGAAUCCAUCAAUGUGGGAGGAACAAAAGUCAUCAUUGAGGUUUGCCAGCAAAGGAACAUUUCCAGACUGGUAUAUACCAGUUCAGUGAACGUCGUAUUUGGAGGGAAUCCCAUUGAAGAAGGUGAUGAGGAAACGGUGCCCUAUUUUCCACUAGAGAAGCACACUGACCAUUAUUCUAGAACCAAAGCAAUUGCUGAUCAGAUGGUACUGGCUGCUGAUGGGACACCACUUGAAGGAGGGGAUAAACUUCAUACAUGUGUCAUUCGUCCACCUGGCAUCUAUGGGCCAGAGGAGCAGAGGCAUCUUCCACGGAUAGUUACGAACAUCCAGAGACAACUCUUCAACUUUGCAUUUUGGAGUCCCAACACUCUGAUGAACUGGGUCCAUGUUGGCAAUCUUGUCCAAGGACAUAUUUUGGCCUCUGAGUCUUUAACAGCUGAGAGAGGCUAUAUUGCUAGUGGUCAGGCAUAUUAUAUACACGAUGGAGAGAGCGUCAUUUUUUCUGAAUGGAUAACGCCACUGUUUGAAAAACUUGGCUACAAGAAACCGAGGAAACAUGUUCCAGUUUUAUUUCUUCGUACCAUAGCUGGCUUGCUGGAAUAUCUGCACCUGCUUCUUAAACCGGUUUUCAGCUUCACACCUCUCAUAACAAGAAAUGAGAUAAGAAAUCUGAGGGUCACUCACACUUUUCGAAUAGACAAGGCCCGGAAACAGCUGGGUUACUACCCGAAAAAGUUCACGCUGGCUGAUACCGUGGAUCAUUACCUGAAAUCAAGAUCCUCAUGCUGAGAUCGAACGCUGUCCCCCAUGUUGUUUCUUACAUUUAGCAUGUUUUUAUCUCUGAUCUCCCUGUCUUUCCUUUUUUAAGGACAUUCUGUGUCUCUUUUCUUUGUUUGUUUGAUAUGUAAUUGUUUGAUAUGUAAUGAAUCACAGGAGAGAAACUAACCCAGCUAGAGUCUUCCUCUGUUACUUGCACCUUAAAGACUAACCAACUUUACUGUAGCAU